CACUGCAGACAAGAACAUCGAACAAGAAGAGUUCCAGGGAGCUACAUGUAGCUGUCUCUUGCUGCAAACACCGUCACGUCUAGCAAUUUCUUUUGUGUUCGUAUUUGUUCUCCGCCAUACACACAUCUCCUGAUAUACUACCGUCAGGCGCUAGGCUAGGCAGUCGCCGUGUCAGUUCUUGUUCCAUCGCUAUUGGUAUAGUUUGAGAGAAUUUCUUCCGUACAUUUUUUCUUCGAAGUCUCAACUGCUGCACAAGAGAUUCUGUUCCGUCUGAGAUCACAAUGGAGCUUCCUUCCCUUGGCACUAAUUGCGCAUGGGAAGAAUGUAAUCAACUAGAUUUCCUCCCAUUCACGUGUGACAUGUGCAACAAAGUAUUCUGCCUUGAUCACCGGUCGUAUGACCAGCAUCAAUGCCCAUCAGCGUAUCAAAAGGAUGUGCGAGUGCCAACCUGCCCACUCUGCAAUGCCCUCGUGCCAGUAGCCAGAGGAGAGGAUCCCAACAUCAAGAUGAAUGAGCACAUUGCCAAUCAGUGCCAGGGUAGCAACACAGGGACAAGCAACACGGGGACAGCGAAACAGGACCCGUCAAAACGAUGCCAUAUGAAAGGCUGCAAGCGAGUAGAUAUGGUGCAGGUUCGUUGUGAUCAGUGCGCUCAUCAGUUUUGCUUACGCCACCGUGGCCCGCCGGAUCACAAGUGCGAAGGCAAGCAAAGCACGCUGGCCAAUGCCGCUUCUCGGCGAGCUGCAACUAACACAGGGUCGAAGACCUCGGGCAGUUCGUCGCGGGGCAGCACCCAGCCCAGGCUCUCGCAGAAGACGGCGGACAGUCGCGCGCCGCAGCAAAGCUACCUGAACGAGACCGGGCGCCAGCUGGAGGCGGCAAGAAGAGAGCGGCAGACGCAGGCCACCGUGCGCGCUCAAGCUCCUGCCACACAGUCGUAUGCCAGCGCACCCAAUGCUCUACAAAUGAGUGAAGAUGAGGCAUUGGCCCGUGCGCUACAAGAAUCGAUACAGCCGUCAGUGCGGCAGACAGACCCACCAGUGACUGCUGCGGCGGCUGCCAGUACAGGGACACCAGCAGUGCAGAGUGAAGAGGAUGCCGCACUUGCCCGUGCGAUCGCCGCGUCGUUGGAGGAGCAGGAGCGGCCCAAGGAACAAUCGUCAUGCUUACUCAGUUAGCGUGCAUUCGUUGGCUGGUGACUGAGCAACGGGCCUGGAACUGUAUGUGUGUGUGUGUGUGUGUGUGUGUGUGCCUCUCGAAGCAAAGCUCUCCUCCCAUGUUGCUUUUUCAUGCUGCAGCUUCUGCUUGUAAUAUUUUUUGGUAAUCUAUUCAGAUGUUGCUGGUUUUAGACAUCUCUCGGUAUACGGAACUCUGUCUUGUUUGUAGGUAGGCUUCCUGCACUGCUCCCUAGUGAUUGUUUUUAGACCUACUAGUCUAUGAAGAAGAGGUUAAUGCGACUUCGGCGAUGCUAUUAGUCUAUGGAGAGGGUUACUGGUGCUCACGGCGAGCCAAGGUAUGUCUAGAACCAAGCAUUGCUCUGGACCUCAAGUACGUACAGGAGGAAUAGCUUUACUAUUAGCAAGAUGUUGACCAGCUCCCCUGCUUCCCCUGCCUAGUCUUCGGAAUUCUGUUCUUUUAGUUUUCAAUUUUCACCCGGCUCACUCUGCUCCCAUUCAAAGAAAUAUUUUAAUUUAUUCUCCACAUCUGCUGCUGUAUACACCAUAUUUCUACUGAUUUUAUAUUUUACAAACACAUGACAUGUGUAUAGGGCUGAUUUAAGAAAAAGAUUAAAAAAAGAAAUAAUUAUUGAUAACACUAGUUGCCGAUUAUGUUGUGGAACUCAUUGUUACAAACGUCUCUUUUCAGAA